ACGAGGGAACAUGGCGGCCGCCGUUCAGGACUCACGUGUGAGCGCGGGGAAAAAGCUGAAAAAUUCCCUAAAGAAGAAGAAGAAGAUGAAAAUGAUAGCCAAGGCCGCAGCAUCGGAGCUGGAAGAGGAGGACAAAGGCACUGCCGACCGUGGAGGUUCUGUAGGAAGCUGUAGAUUGGAAAAGGAUCGCUUUUCUUCUGACGAUGAAGCAAUAGAAGCUGACAAUGAAGAUGAAACUGAACCCUGUGGCAGUGAAAAUGAAAAUGCUGCAGAAGCUAGUGCUGGAACUAAUAUGGGCUGGGCAGAUGCCAUGGCUAAAAUCCUUAACAAAAAAACUCCUAAAACUAAACCCACCAUUCUGGUCAAAAACAAAGAGCUGGAAAAGGAAAAAGAGAAGUUAAAGCAAGAGAGACUAGAGAGAAGAAAGCAGCUUGAUAAGAAGCGGGAAUGGGAAAUGAUGUGCAGAGUAAAGCCAGAUGUUGUCAAAGACAAAGAAACAGAGAGAAAUCUUCAGAGAAUUGCAACGAGGGGUGUGGUGCAAUUAUUUAAUGCUGUUCAGAAGCAUCAAAAGAACGUUGACGAAAAGGUUAAAGAAGCUGGAGGCUCUAUUAGAAAGCGUGCUAAGUUGAUAUCAACUGUUUCCAAGAAGGAUUUCAUCAGCGUUCUGAGAGGGAUGGAUGGAAGUACAAAUGAGAAAAGUUUGACUGGAAAGAACUCAAAAGCCAAACAGACUGAAGAAGCAGAAGAGGGCCCAGGCUGGACGAUCCUACGUGAUGAUUUCAUGAUGGGAGCAUCCAUGAAAGACUGGGACAGAGAAAGUGAUGGACCAGAUAACAGCAGACCAGGAUCUGAAAGUGACUCUGACAUAUAAAGCUGUAUAGGAAACACAAUUUACAGUCAUUUUACUUUUCUUAGAAAAAUGCAUCAUGCUCUGAAAGUUGGGGAAUUAUAAGGAUACCGUUUGUGAGAAAACCAAAAGACUUUUACUAUUACCAACUUUGGUAUUUCCCUUUUUCAUGUAAACUUUGUUAAAAUUAUAUUUCAAAUAUAAUUUUAAGCGUUGUUCCUCAAAACAUUUGUAAAAAGAAAUAUUUCUACUUGGCCAUCAAGAUAUGCAUUUUGCCAGGUUCAUUAUAGGUUUACAUAUUGGUCAUGGAUAUUGGUAUUUUGUUUCAGUAUCACCAUUGUUUCUAGAAAUGCCGUACCAGUACGGUUCAUAAUUAAAAUGAACUCCUUGAAGUUAACAUUUUUCAGCUUUCCAGCUUAUAGACCUAUGUAUGUGUAUUUUUUGGGAGGAAGGGUUGUGUUUGUUUUGGUGAGCUACUGAGAAACCUAUGUAGUAAAAUUUAAAAUUUUAGCAUUUCUGAUUUCGGGUGAUGUUUUUACUUUCAGACAUUCUGGCAAAUAUGAUUUAAGAAACAUACUAAAUCUCUACUUUUAUAUUAUUUCCUUUUAUAUGCUAAGUAAUACAUAUAAAUAAUGACUUAGAUUUUUUUUUAAGUGUUAUUUUUGUAUGAGAGAUUUACUGAGGUGGAAAUUCUCAUGUUUAACUUAUGCAAUGAGGCAUAAUUUCUUACGAAGCAUAUUUGACAUUUUAAUCCCUCCUUUUUUUCCCCUGAAUCUUUAAGUUAGCUUAAAUUCUCUUUUGUGGACUGACUGACCAGUG